CGGAGCGGAGAGCGGGAGAAGGCGGGGGAGGAGAGGCCCCCGGACCGCGAGCGGCAGCUGGGAGGGGGCCGCGGAAUCUGAGCGCCAGCAAACAGCUGAUCCGAUUUUCCUUUAAAGCGAGAGAAAAUGGAAGUCGGGUAGCGGCGGCUGCGGCGCUGCGGGCUGGCGGAGCAGAGCGGCGCGGCGCGGCAGAUGGAUUUCCAGAUGUUCCUGAGGGAAGUACCUCUGCCCUGCUGGCCACACCCUUCUGAACUGCUGGUCAUCUCCUGAACCUCUUCUAUAUCUCACACAUCUCCAGAGGAGCUCCUGGCAGCUGAACCCUUUCUCCUUCACUAACCUGCCAACACAGAGUUCUCAGGGGUUGUGGUCUCAGGCCAUCCACUGGAGCAACAAUGGGCCAUUUCCAGCAGGGACGGUGCAGUGUUGCCCCCGGUGCCUGACUGCCACCCACCUCCAGAGAGUCGCGGUGUCUGAAAAGUGGAAGCGACCAAAGAGGACACUCUCCUGGCCGAGGUCCCGGUACAUGGAGAGAAGGAAGACCACAGUCUCCUAAUUGGUACCAUAUACAUUAGAUGGAUGCUUUCUAGCCUGCUUCCAACCCCCACCUCGGCUCAGUGUUGGGCGGCCCUUCUACAUGAUCCUAUGACUCUUGAUAUGGACGCAGUCCUGUCAGACUUUGUUCGGUCCACAGGGGCAGAACCUGGUCUGGCCAGAGACCUGCUAGAAGGCAAGAACUGGGACCUGACGGCCGCUCUGAGUGACUAUGAGCAGCUCCGACAAGUGCACACAGCCAACCUGCCACCUGUGUUCAACGAGGGCAGGUGUCCCAAGCAGCCCGAGCGAGAGCCGCCACCUCCUGGGCACACAGCCGAGCGACCCUGCCUGCCUAGGCAGGAGGACAUUGCCCAAGAGAAGCGGCUCUCGCGAGGGAUUUCCCACGCCAGCUCAGCCAUCGUGUCCCUGGCGCGGUCCCACGUGGCAAGUGAGUGCAGCAGCGAGCAGUUCCCACUGGAGAUGCCCAUCUACACGUUCCAGCUGCCAGACCUGAGCGUGUACAGUGAAGACUUUCGGAGCUUCGUGGAGCGGGACUUGAUUGAGCAGGCGACCAUGGUGGCUCUAGAGCAGGCGGGGCGCCUGAACUGGUGGUCCACCGUGUGCACGAGCUGUAAACGGCUUCUUCCUUUGGCCACAACAGGGGACGGCAACUGCCUUUUACACGCUGCCUCACUGGGAAUGUGGGGGUUUCACGACCGGGACCUGGUCUUGAGGAAAGCACUCUACACCAUGAUGAGGACAGGGGCAGAGCGGGAGGCCCUGAAGCGAAGGUGGAGGUGGCAGCAGACGCAGCAGAACAAGGAGUCAGGGCUGGUGUACACAGAGGAGGAAUGGGAGCGGGAGUGGACAGAGCUGCUGAAGCUGGCCUCCAGCGAGCCGCGCACACACUUCAGCAAGAAUGGUGGCACGGGUGGCGGUGUGGACAACGCCGAGGACCCUGUGUACGAGAGUCUGGAGGAGUUCCACGUCUUUGUCCUCGCCCACAUAUUAAGGAGACCCAUUGUCGUUGUAGCAGAUACGAUGCUAAGGGACUCAGGUGGAGAAGCGUUUGCUCCCAUCCCGUUCGGAGGGAUUUACUUGCCUUUGGAGGUGCCUCCCAACAGAUGCCACUGCUCACCUCUGGUUCUGGCCUACGACCAAGCGCAUUUUUCUGCCCUUGUGUCCAUGGAGCAGAGAGACCAGCAGAGAGAACAAGCCGUAAUCCCCCUGACGGAUUCGGAGCACAAGCUGCUGCCUCUGCACUUUGCUGUGGACCCCGGCAAGGACUGGGAAUGGGGGAAAGACGACAACGAUAACGCCAGGCUGGCACACCUGAUCCUGUCGCUGGAAGCCAAGCUAAACCUUCUGCAUAGCUACAUGAAUGUGACGUGGAUCCGGAUCCCCUCGGAGACCCGGGCCCCUCUAGCACAGCCGGAGUCCCCGACCGCCUCGGCGGGGGAGGACGUGCAGUCCUUGGCCGAUUCACUCGAUUCAGACCGCGACUCGGUGUGCAGCAACUCCAACAGCAACAACGGCAAGAACGGCAAGGACAAGGAGAAGGAGAAACAGCGCAAGGACAAGGACAAGACACGAGCGGAUUCUGUGGCCAAUAAGCUAGGCAGCUUCAGCAAGACGCUGGGUAUCAAGCUGAAGAAAAACAUGGGCGGCCUGGGCGGCCUGGUGCACGGCAAGAUGAGCCGCGCCAACUCCGCCAAUGGCAAGCACGGAGACGCGCCUGAGCGCGGCAAGGAGAAGAAGGCCAAGUCGCGCAAGGGCAGCAAGGAGGAGUCCGGCGCCUCGGCUAGCACGUCUCCCUCGGAGAAGACCACGCCGUCGCCCACGGACAGGGCGGCCGGAGCGUCGCCGGCUGACAAGGGAAGUGGACCCCGCGGUGACGCCUGGAAGUACAGCACGGACGUGAAGCUGAGCCUCAACAUCCUACGCGCCGCCAUGCAGGGCGAGCGCAAGUUCAUCUUCGCCGGCCUGCUGCUCACCAGCCACCGGCACCAGUUCCACGAAGAGAUGAUCGGCUACUACCUGACCAGCGCGCAGGAGCGCUUCAGCGCCGAGCAGGAGCAGCGGCGCCGCGACGCCGCCGCCGCAGCCGCCUCCGCGGCCAAGCGACCGCCGCGCAGGCCGGAGGCGGAAGGCACGCCGGGCCCCGAGCGCGCAUCACCCGGCCCGCCGGCCGGGCCGCCCACGCAGUUGGUGCUCAAGCUCAAGGAGCGCCCGAGCCCCGGGCCGGCGGCAGGCACGCGGGCGGCGCGGGCAGCAGCAGGCGGCGCGGCCUCUCCGGGCCCCGGAGGCGGGGGCGCGCGGCGCGUGGGCGCCAGCGGACCGGUUCCCGGCCGCAGUCCGCCUGCGCCGCCUGCGCGCCAGAGUGUUAUCCAUGUGCAGACGGCGGGCGCGCGGGACGAGGCAUGCGCCCCAGCCGUGGGCGCGCUGCGGCCUUGCGCCACAUACCCGCAGCAGAACCGCUCGCUGUCGUCGCAGAGCUACAGCCCGGCGCGCGCCGCCGCCCUACGCACCGUCAACACGGUAGAGUCGCUGGCGCGCGCCGUCCCAGGGGCCCUGCCCGGCGCGGCGGGGGCGGUGAGCGCGACCGAGCACAAGUCGCAGACCUACACCAACGGCUUCGGCGCGGCGCGCGAAGGCCUGGAGUUCGCCGACGCCGACGCCGACGCACCGGCCGCGCGCUCGAACGGUGAGUGCGGCCGCGGCGGCCCGGGCGCGGGGCCAGCGCAGCGACGCUGCCAGCGCGAGAACUGCGCGUUCUAUGGUCGCGCCGAGACCGAACACUUCUGUUCGUGCUGCUACCGCGAGGAGCUGCGGCGGCGGCGCGAGGCGCGCGCGGCCCGGCCCUGAGCGCGCGCCCGCGGCCCCGCCGCCCAGGAUGGCUUCUCCACGCUGUCGGUGUCUCUUUCCGAGCCCUGGUCCACCGGAAGGCCGGAGAUCCUCUGUCCGUGCUGUGUACGUGUUUGGUCAAACGUUCCUAAUGGUGCCUGAACCUACACUGACGCCACUCAGGUAGUAGACGGAUAGGAAACAAGUCAUACUGUUGGAAGUGGGUGUGCUAGCUAGCAUCUGCCUCGUACCUGUGGAAACUCAAUAGCCAUUGCAAGAGUAUUUUUGUUCCUCAAUAAGAGAAAUAAAGAAAUUUGCAGCCCUUUGUUUUUAGAAGGGAGUGUUUUACAUGCCUUUUUUUUUUUUUUUGGCUUUUUUUUUUUGGCUUUUUUUGGGUUUUUUUGUUUUUUUGGUUUUUGUUUUUUUCCUAACCCAGCGACUGACCUCUUCCAUGUAGCGGUCACCUGCGUGCGAUCGGUGCCACCCAGGGUUUAGAAGCGAGCGCGAGGCCCAGGGACCGCGCUGGCGGCUCCGCCUGUGGGCUCAUGCCCGCUGACGCCCUGGUGGCCCCUGUGGCCCUUUGGGAAUACGCGGCUCCAUCUCAUAAGCAAAACCUUCUCCCACAGCCCCCGGCCCGAGCGACAUUCACACUGCCAUCAAAGCCGCGGGCGUCCGUAGGAUGGCACCGGACAACCUACCUCGCAAGACGCUGUGAGGUGUAGCUAUAUAUCCCGGUGCCGGGCAGCUCAGGUGACAGGAGCUUUCCAAAGACACCUUGGGUCCCCAAAGCAAGGUUCUGAACUCACUAUUUGGAGUUGCCCUUAUAUGAGCAAAGAUGACAGUCUGCUCACUUUUCUCCUUUGAAGACACUUCCACAGUGAACUGUCGCUGGAGAGCCCCUAGGAAGCAACCAUCGGUGGGCCAGGAGAGAGGCGAGGAGUUGACCCUAUGGUCACUGUGUAAGCCCCCGCUAGGCCGCUCUGAAACCCGGCCUGCGCCUCUCUCCAGAGGGAAGGGGCUGAGAGCAGCGGGGAAGGAAGCCCACCCCCUGUCUCCACUCGAAUCUGUGUGGGAUUAGCCAGUGAAGGGGCACCGCUCCCAUCGGGGUCCCCUCAGCAAGGUGGAGGUAACUCAGACUGUGGCUCCAUAAUACAUUAGGGGCAGCCCCACCCCUGAGCGGUCCCUAUUUUGGUGCCUCUUUACAUUUCUUGAGGAAAAAAAAAAAUGUGUCCUUACCUACCCUGUUUUGAGCAGCAAUACGCAGCCUCUUCCUUCCAAGAUUACCUCUGGAGAAUAUCGUUCUUGGUCAAGGACUCUGAGGAGUGAAAUCUGCCUCACUAAGGAAAGAUCUUUUUUCAAAGAAAUACAGAUAAGAUGGGUAAAAUCCUCAUUAGCAAAAGAAUCUUUUAAAACCUGUGAGAGCCUUAGAAUAGCCUCUAAUAAUCCCAAGAGAGGAGAAAGCACCCAGCCUUGCUGUGGGUGUACCUUUGGAAAACAGGCAGUAGACCAUCUCUUCAUUGGAGCCAGCUUCUCCUUCUCCAGAAAGGAUGCUUUUCCCCUACAUAAAGAGCAGCAAAAACAAAAAACAAAACAAAACAAAAAAAAAACGGGGAGGAGUUUUUUUACUUGUUUGAAGAAUUAUAAUAAACUAAUUUGAGUAUCUCCUGUGAGUAAUUCCUUUUUGUUUUUAAUUAUCCACAGCAUGUGGCGUUUUCAGUAAUCAAGUUUUGCAUAAGUGGUUCCUUCAAAUUAUUUAUUAAAUAGAAUCAAGGAAAUUUUUUGAAAGUUUUACUUUUCACGCUAAACAAUACUUUCAAUGUGUGGUAAUUACUAACAUCCAUAUCCCUCAUAUUACUGGGAUUUCUUUUGUUUAAAAAAAAAAGGUGUGUUUUUUUUUUAAUCUCUCAUCAAGAGGGUUUGUGGCAGCUUUUUGGACUGAUUCUUCACAUCAUGCUGAGCAAUUGCUUUGCCAUCCAAAGCUGUGAGGUCACAGAAUACCGCCUCACCUGUAGACGCCAGCGCCUGCUCUGCUCCUCACUCAGAAGGUAAAGCAGCCAGCCUGGAAAUGCCUAAUCUGUGCAUUCAGAAACCAAACUCAUACGCACAAGAUAUCAAGGAGGCAGAAAGUAAAUUCGUGUUUGCUUUGUAAUUUUUUUAAUGUCAAAACAGCCAACCAGAAAUUUCCAAAACUGGCUAUGCAAAUAUUUUACCUUUCUCAAGCUCUGCCAAGUUAAAAAAAAAGAAAGAAAGAAAGGCAAACUGAGAAUUAAAACGGUCCAUUUAUAGUAUCAAAGAAAAAAGGAAAACCUUCAAAACCAGGCAGGGUAAUUCCUAGGUAUUAUGAAAAACAGUGACCUGUUCUCACUUCUUGAAUUUCAAAGUCACCUCUGUACCACCCCCAUCUGACCUACGUGCCAUGACUAAGAGCCUGAGAUCCAGCCCCCGGCCCCCACCAGGCUCCCCUGACCCUUGCCAGGUGGAAGGCCACUGAUUUCUCAGUGGUCAAAGGCCACUACACGGGCCAGAGCACCUGGGGGUGCCAUUCCCAGCUGACACGAUGCCCCCUGGGUCCACAUCGUUUACAAAUAGCCGUUUCCUCUUAUGAGAGAUCUAGAGCCAUCCUUCCUCUAAACAGAAGUUAAAAAUGUGAGGGAACAUACUGCUAAUGGUACUGGUCCAGCCCCGCAAUGUUCACAAGAGCUCUUUAGCCCUGGUUCCUGGCCAGACACGUCUCAGACCAAAUUAGUUCAUCAGGCUAGAUGGCAACUAUUAGAAACUGCUGUGUUUUUCACAUGUGGGUCAAGAGGUCCCUUAAUGUCCUUUUGUGACUGGAGGCCCUUUGUGGAACAGGGAAAAGGAAGUCGAUUUGGGGUGCUGGAGAAGAGGAAGGCGGCCAAUCCCAACCCUAGAAAGGCUUCGAGCCCUGUCAGGGCAUAGGUCCUGGACUCGGGCUGCGCAGCUGACCCUGCCAGUGGGCCGCCUUCCUGUCCUGUCUGGUCUGGCCACACUUCCCUUUCUGGGAAGAUGAAUGUCCCUAAGUGACAGCACGUUUCCAGAAGAAUCCCAGAUACUUCUAAACCCCAGUGGAGGUUAUAUCAGUAAUUUACUUCACACUUCCUGCAUAUGCAUUACCUGGGUAUAUGAUUUUUUAAAAAUAAUAUAUUGUUAAAGGAAGGUGUUUUUAAGUGUCUUCUGUUUAUAGAUUUUAUGCUAUGUUACGUUGAUAUUUUACAAAGCCAAGUUCAAAUGUACUAUAGAAAUUAUUUUUAUAUUAUUUUCAGAAAAUGCCACAGAGCAAUAUUUUAUGCCCUGGUGUUGUCACAGGGUUGUCCCCUUGGAGGGCUAACUUUAGGUGGGAGGGGAGGGGCUCCACUGCAGGCUCUUGGGGGUUAAAUGCUUUCUGCUAUUUGUUCAAAUCCCCUCUGAAAGUGGAACUGUGUAAAUGUCUCUUCUUUUUCCAUUGAAAGCUCAAUUUGUUUUCUGUCCAUGGAUUUGGGUACUGCAUCUUUCCUCCUAAACAAAUACUUUCUAUUCACUAAGUUACUGUGGACUUUUUCUUACCUAUCACCACUCGGUGGCUCAAGUGGAGUUCAAGUUUGGAUCUGUUACUUUACAAACUUAAUGUUUUCCAAAGCGAUUUAAUUGAUGCAUUCUAGUAGGUUACUGUCAGGAAUUUAAUGACUCCAGAUAGCAGGGCUCUCCGUUCCCCCAGGAGACACGCCUGGGGGUGCGGAACAGCCCACCAUCUCUGGGGUGGGGCCGUGGCCACUUGGCUCUCACCUCUCCUUAUGUGUCCAUAAGCUUAUUUUGCAAACUACUCGACUUUGCAGAAAUAAACUUAACCAAUCAGCAUAGAUUUCACAUUAGUUAAGAAAAAAGGGCUGUACCCAUCAGUGGUGGGAAAUUUGUGUGAGGAAAAAAAAAAAAAAAAAAAGGCUUUGCCAAACCCAUGUGUGUAAGUUCCAUUCUCUGUGUCUUUCCUGUUUACUAAGAGAUGUGGAGUGACGCGCGUUUGGGAGGGUUUCUUUCUUUAUGACAUGAUUCCGUUUUCCUCCUUGUGGUGUGGAUUUUACAAAUUACAUUCCUCGGGUGUUUUUUUCUUUUUCUUUCUUCCAAUGCUUCUAAUAAAUAAGAAGAAAAUGUGUGUUGUGGCUCAGCGGGCCCUGCCUUGUCAGACCUCGGCCACUGUGGCAUUGCCUCUGUCCAGAGUCUGGUUCUGCUGUCACCUGAAGGCAGGAAGGUCCAAGAGUGGGCCCCAAGGUGGCUGGCACCCCUGGCACCAGGGAGCAGGCAACCUCUUCCAAAAAGCCUUAAAGUGGUGGCUCUCUGGAGACCACUGGGCCCCCCUUCCCUUUAGUCCUAACUAUAAACUCUUUUUCCUGUGAGAACUGGCCCAUUUUACUGUGGAACUCCAGGGUGGUGAGGGGUGCCCAGCUUCAUCCUUGUUUCAGGCACAUCCCCCGCAUCCCCAUGUCUACUUUAUGUGGACAUGGGGUCCUGAUGAUCCAGAGCAUGAUUCUGACAGUAGGUCUGCUGACACGGAGGUGGGUCCAGGGUGCUUCAUACCAGAGAGAUCCACAGGAGUCCCCCACACUCACCCCAGGAGACCGAGAGCCUGCAGGGAGUGCUUCCAGGAACCCCGCUUUGGAAGAGUUUCAGGACAGCUCCAAACGAUGUGCAAAAUGGUAUGUUAGCAGUUACACUGGUAACUUUGUUCCCCCAAACCAGUCCUUUCUCUGCCCUCCACCCCUGGCAGAGAAGAGACAGGGAGCUGCCCUGCCGGGACCCCAAGGGAAUAAGUGCAUGUACACUCUGUGUGAUAUCAAGACACUAUUUCUCCUGCCUCCCCACCCCCACCCCAACCCUGACCCUGGGCUGACUUAACUCACACAGAACUGCAGGAAUAACACAGAAACCAGAAUCUCCAAAUUAGAUUAAAAUGUUACUAUUUCCAUUUAUUUUGCAAAAUAAUGUGCUGAAAUUUUCACUUUCGCUGUUCAAUGCUUGCAAAAAAAAAAAAAAAAUCCCACCAACCCCAAUUAUGUAUAUACAAAAUGAUGGCCAUUGCUUACUCUUUUUUAUUCCUUUUAAGAUAGCAUCUUAAGAAUACACACACAUACACACACACAUACAACGCACAUGAAAUUCCCACUGUGAUGCAGUGGGUUAAGAAUCUGACUGCAGCAGCUCAGGUUGCUGCAGAGGCAAGGGCUCAAUCCCCAACCCAGUGCAAAGAGUUAAAGCAGCCAAUGUUGCCACAGCUGUGGCUCAAAUUCACUCCUUGGGAACUUCCAUAUGCUGUGGGUGUGGCCAUUAGAGAAAGAAGAAGAACAAACACACACACUGGAGCUCAAGGUAGUUAUUUACUGUAAGAUGUGGCACACUGCUGGCUUUUUAAAUAUAGGCUAAAUAUGCUCAAGACCAAAGCAACCCAUUAUUUUAAAGAAGCUAAGUUAGCGGAACCAGCUCUUUGAGAACGUCUGUGAUAGCACAGACGCUGAGGGAUGAAUUUCAAUGAAGAAACAGCCAGGUCCUUCCAAUGACCACUCCUAGCCCUUACUUCCCCAGCCUCUGCCCCAGCAAUAGAGGCCUACCUCAGGGCCUUCGCACAUGCCCUUCUGUCUGAACCAUUCUCCCUGGACACCCACCCUCAGCCGCUUGGCUCACCCUCCACUACCUGCCACUCUGCUCCAUUGUCACCUCUCAAGGAACCCUUCCCUGACUCCUUUAUUAACAAGCCAAUACAUCCCGCCCUCCUGCUGCCUCCCUGUGCAUUUUCCCCCUGUGCAUUUAUUGCCAUCUGAGGGCUGCGUGUGUGUUAUUCAUUCUUCUGUUCAUUGUAUACCUCCCCCAACCCCCAUAGAAUGUAAGCUCCAUGCGGGCAGGAAUGUUUGUCUGUUUUGCACACUGCUGAACUCCUGGUGCCUACAACAGUGCCUGACACACCUUAGGCACUGGGUAAGUAUUUGUCAAAAAAAAAGAAAAAUGAAAUCAAUCAUCUGAUAGCUUUUAAGAAGCCUCAAAAGAUCGGUUUCAGCCUUUAUCAAAUCCACAUUCUACUCUUGCCUCUAAACAGGGAGGAUUUUUGCUGAUGCAGCAGCCUGUCUGCAUCUCCAGCCUGUGGCAGUGAGCCCCAGACCUUGGCAAGUCUCCAUGGCAAUGCUCGCCCUGGAGCCUCCCUUGUGGAGAAGGGACUCAGCUGUUUACAGAGGGUCUUCUGGAGGAGGCCGAGGUGGGAACAGUUUCCCCCAGAGCAGCUCUCAUGAUUACGCUCCCUCCUUGAGAUCAUCACAGACCUGGACCGUUCUGGAGAGUCCCUUAUAAUGGCCGUUUAGGAUACUCGCCGUCACACUGUGUCCAGGAAGACAGGCCUUCCUUCUCAGAGCAAACUGGGGCCUUGGGGGUAGGGGGUGGGAGGCGGCAGAAGACCCAGCCCAAGAAAGAGUCAGCCUGACCACUAGGAGGACCCGUUCUCCUAUCACCAAAAUCAGGCCCCCAGAGGAAGAGGAGCUGGUCACACGGGCUAAGGGGGGCAGGUGCAAGUGACUGCAUUGACAGAGUUGGAAGCCAUGGGGCUGGAGACCCGAGGCCCCAGUCUCCCCCACCGUCACAGGUGGGUGUGUGCUGGGGGACAGAGCCUGGACUUCACAGAGCCAAACAAUACAGCCUUCUGGGCCCUGCCUCCCUGUGGCCCUCCCACUCAGGCAGGUGGCCUCACCCACCAGUGGGGGAGUCAGGGGAGACUGUUCCUUCUCUGAACUUCCUGCCCCUCCUCUGAACUUCCUACCCCUCAGAUUUUCCCAAGUACACAACCUUGGUGUUUACUUCUAGGUCCAUUGGCCAAAUGUGUUUUCCUCUAAGAGUUGUUGGCAAAAUACUGUUACAAUCUUCCUAUUGUCACCUGGACUUUUGUCCUUCUUUUAAUCCCCCUCUGUGGUUUUGCUGUCAUUUCUCUGGGUGCCAUAUUUAGGAUCCCCUUGUAACACCCCUUCAGCAGCUGCCCAGCACACAGUGAGUGGGCCCACACGUGUGUGUCCCUUCACUUGAAUUGCCAAAUGAAGAGUGUCCCUUUCACUGCUGCCCUGACAGACACUGGGGGUGGUGCAGGGGGAGGCAGACGUGCUCCUGCCACUACUCAGAGUGGGCCAGCUUUCCAGGACUGCCCCAAGGCCCUUAAAAACCUCUCUCUGAGGCAGGAGCCCUGUGGCCCAUCUGCUUCCUCCCACCUGCCCUGCAGUGGAGUCCAAACAUUUGCCUUGAAGGUAGGAUUUGGCAGGUGGCAGUGGGGCAGCUUGUCUCCACUAACUUAUGUCCCAAACUAGUAAAACCACCAGAAGCACUGUUGCAGAUGGGCCACGGCCUGUAGCAGAGGCAACCCCGCCUCACAGAGCCGGAAGAAUCCCUGGGCCCUCCACCACCCAUGGAAACCUUAGAACCCUAAGGGGUACCCCUGAGUCUGCCGCUGAGGCUGGACCCCCACUCAUCACCAUCUUGAACCAGUUGGUCUUGUUUUAACUGAUGGCCUUUGAAGUGUAUUUGCUUGGUUCCUUCCAAUGGUAGUAGUUCCUCUAUUGCUUUCCCUUUCUUUUUUUCUUUUAUUGAUUCGAUUGACUGAUUUGGGGGUGCAUCACAUAGCUUGGUUUCCCCAGUUUCUUGUUACCACGGAUGAAGGAAAACAUUGAGACAAAAAGGGGUCAUAAAUCCCUGUUACUUUGCCCAAGUUGUCCAGAGCCCUUUUCUACCUGCAAGUAUUUGUUCUCAUUCAAUGCACAUAUUCUCUUCCAUCUGGUCCGUUCUUGGAGAAGGAACCCAUCUUAAGAGCUGUCUUUGGUGGUUGGGUUGUUACUUUGUGGAGUAUUAAAGCACUAAACCAAUUUUUGCAAUAUGUAGUAAACCUUGCUUUCAUUUUUGGAAACUUCCAGUAAUGACUACUGCACUUUUUUUAUAGAACUGUAUUUCUUUUCUUUCUUUUAUGAAAGAUUAUUUCAAGUAAUAGUAGCUCUGUAAUCCGUGUGAUAUGGCUUCUCCAUUACUUGACACAGAGAGAAGCUUUGAUGCCUACUCAAUAAAAUUAACAUGUUUGUAAAGCA